CUCCGCAAAGUUUCCUUGAGCCUUUGCGUCUCUUUCUAGCCGGAGAAGGUUCCUGCAUCCGUGUAAGGAUAUUUCAGCCUGUCGAUUCUUCGGCACUGAUCAAGUUGUAUAGGCUACCCGGGACAUGGAGAAACCUCUAGCAAGGAACUUUCACUCGGGCAUUGCUUUGGUUUAAGACUUUCCCACAAACCAAGCCUAAUUCGUCCAACCUAUCCUACACAGUCGAUUCGUCAGCCCUGGCGUAACAUCGAUUCACGCACUACCGGACUGGCCUUCGAGGAAGUGUAUCCCGCCGUGUUCCCAACAUGAGAACCUAAUUGGUAAUCAGUGUAAGCUGGCACCUCAGAUGGGGGUACUACAAAUUCAUUCCCCCUCACUAACCGAGCGUUGUAACUUCAAUAUCGCGACCGUAGCCGAGUCACAGCAUUUCGGGGGGGCAAGCCACAUCGUCAACGAGCCUUCCCCAAUCGUCAUGUCCGCCGUUGGGAACCAACCCGUCUCAAACCAGAACACCUGAACCACUGCCAGCUCAUCAAGGCCACCUCGUCACCGGAAAGCACCCCUUGCAUCCGAGCACAGCCUCUUUUUGUGCCUACGCUCUCACACAUCUACACCACCAAAGAUGUAUGUACGAUGUCAUGACCUGGACUUCUCCCCCCUUGUCAACUUAGCACCGUCAAACCAGACUGGUCUCGGGGGUGAGAGGACAAGACAAUUCCUGAGGUAAGACCCUGCAGCACCCGACCCAACUAGCAAACUGGGAGGAGGGAGAAGGUGGCUGGAAUCUAGGGGUCCAUCCACAAGAGGCUAGACCGCCGGCAUCAACAGGUCUCCAAUUGGUCAACUCACCAUGACCUCGACCCCUGUCUCCCAUCCUGUCCGUCAGUCCUACCCUUGACGUCACCGACGAAGGUGAUCUUUGACCGCCGAUCGCGACAAACCUGUUUGGGGUCGCACAGCACCAACCACGACGCUGCCAAAGACUGAUAGAGUCGCGGAGCUUUGGACUCCUUUCCUUCACUAAGGGGCGCCAGGAAUGGGUGAUGGAGAGCGUAGAGGGCUUUGGGAUGACCACCUUGGCAUCAUUGUGCAGCAAUAACCCAUGCCAGAUUGCCAACAAACAACCGCUGGCAGGAUCUGUCUCGGCACGGGCGCCCGCCAUGCAACGUACCUUACUUCACAACGUCAGCUCUCGAGGCCCCCUAGUGUCAAAAGACGAAGAGUGUAAUGAGAACAACAAGCAUGGGGAAGAAGGAAUAGGAGGGGUGGUGGGCAGUCGAGACAGAUAUAACUGCUUCUCGUUCCCGCCCAGAGAUUUCUCUUCCGCCUUAUCCAGCAUCCUAAGCCUUCGCCCUCGUCACUGUCCACGCAAUCACCAUCCACAACCAUCACUACCAAGCCCUACAAGGAACCCCUAGUCCAUUCUUCCCUACCUCCCUCCCGGUCAUAUCCACUACAUACCCAAAUAUAAAAUAAAAAUGCCAUUCUUCGGAGGCGGCCGCCGCGAGCCAUCACCCGAACCUGUCCGGGAACCGACCCCACCACCGCCGGAGCCCCGUCGCCACGGCCUCUUCGGCUCCCGCCGUGAACCCUCCCCAGAGCCCGUCCACCACCACCAACCCGUCGCCGAGCCCACGCCUCGGAAGCACGGUCUCUUCGGCUCCUCCCGCCGCGAUCCCUCCCCGACGCCCACGACCCGCACCUCGGCCACCUCGCGCUCCUCCCUGUCGUCAACGACCUACCACACCUCACCCGACGGCCAUCACCACAAUGGCGUCGGCGGUGGUGGGGGAGGAUCCAUGUUCCGUCGCUCAACGGACGCGUCGUCCGGCCGCCGCGGCAUUCUACAGAAGUUUGGUGGCGCCGGCGGCGCCGUAGAGAUGGACCCAAGUAUUGUCCAGGCCCGCGAGCGUGUCAUGGGCGCUGAGGCCGCCGAGAAGGAGGCGGACCGCGCCCUGCUUGCCGCCCGCGAGAGCGUCAUCGCUGCAAGAGCCGAGGUGCGCAGGCUCGAGGAAGAGGCGAAGGAAGAGGCGAGGCGGGCCAAGAUCAAGCAGUACCACGCCCGCGAGGUUUCCAAGCGCGGCAAGGCCCUCGGCCGCCACGGUGACUAAAAUCCUUCACAUCUUCGGUAGACAUCUGAAGGAGGCAAACUGUCCACAAUUUCCUUUUGUUCUUCAUGAGGUCAUGAUUCAUGUCAUGGUGUACUGGCAACGAGACAGGAGUUAAACGCGAGCGAGAUUAAAUCCCCUUCUGCCUAGUGUAUCUGUAUUACUACUUCAUCGCUCACUAUACGAGCGAUUGCGAUGAUUUUGGGGAAUUUUGGAAGAAGAUACUGUACUACUAGUCUAAAACCAAGACAGCUGGCUAAAAUUUUUCAUCAUCC